CAUAUAUAUAUAUAUAUAUAUAUGUUGGCUUAUUACCUCAUGCUACUUUAUAUACCGCCUCAUGUCCCUCAUUUCACAUUCACCAGUAGCUACUUGAUUCCACUCUCCUGAAGCUCAUCCAACCAGUUGUUAAGCAGUGAAUACCCUCCGUGAUCUCGAUAAUUGAUCAAUUAAUUCGUACUUCCCAAUACUCUCAAAAUGGUUCGAAAUCUUGGACUCCUUUUAACCGGUCUGGCUACUACUUUAUUCGCAUCUCCCGUUUACAGCGCAGCACCACCAGCAUUUUUACUCGCCGGUGAUUCAACAACCGCCGUUCAGAAUGCAGGUUUAACAGGUGGUGGAUGGGGUAAUGGUUUCUUGGCUACCCUUCGCAAUGGAGCUGGAGGUAUCAAUUAUGGACACAAUGGUGCAACGACUGUAAGCUUUGUGAAUGGUGGCGAUUGGGCAAAAGUGUUGGCAUCUGUAGCAAAGUAUAAGACAGACUAUACAACUUUUGUUACAAUUCAAUUCGGCCACAAUGAUCAAAAGGCAACAGCAAACAUCUCAGUUGCGGAGUACAUGACCAAUUUGAAGAACAUGGCAGAGGAUGUAGUAGCGGCUGGUGGAACUCCAAUUCUCGUCACUUCUCUCACCCGCCGAGCGUUCAAUAGUUCAGGCCUUGCUAAGGAAGAUCUGGCCGUCCAAGCCAAUGCUACCAUAGCUGUUGCUAAAUCGAUCGGAUCCUUAUACAUAGAUCUUAACCGCGCAUCCACAGACUAUGUCGAUGCUAUUGGGGCGACUGAUGCUGCGACGUACAACUUGAAACCAACGGAUUUCACACACAUUAAUGCUGCCGGAAGUGUCUUGUUCGGAAAUAUCGUCAGUGGAUUGAUCGAUGUGGCCGUGGGUAGCUCAAUGGGUUUCGAUAUUACGACUUAUACGAAGCCGAAUGCGACAAUUGCCAAAGAUGUUGCCAGUGGAACUUAUAUAUUUCCGAGUGGAUUUGGAACUCUACCAAAUAACACCCUUCCAGCAUAGGAUUUUUGCACGAUGAAAGAAGGCUUUGGAAAUUGUAUAUACUUUGUGAGAUUUCUUUUCUGGAAACAGUGUAUACUAUGAUAUGAGAUUCAAUGAAAUGAAGAUAAUUAUUUACCUGAAUUUUCUGGUCGGGCUUUUGUUCUUGAAUGCAACAUGAAAGCAGAUGGAACCACUUUCGAAACCCUGUGAAAUGGAAAGAAAUGACGGCGAGCAAUGGUAUGCCAGCUCGGAACGGUCCUUGAUGAAUGCUUUAUAUGAGAAAAUGCUGAGAAAUACUUGAAAACACACCUCUCUUACGAAAUUACAUGAUUCAAAAUUCAAUCUCAAAUCUCACC